AUGUGGUGGACAUUCAACGUGCUGUUUAGCGCCAUCUUCCUCUUCACCAUUGUCCUCUCCAUACCAGUCGCCUUUGAUGUCGGCGGCCGCGACUCGGGCCUCGCCUACAGCCUCGCCCUCUUCGUCUACUACUUUGCCUACUCGUGUCUCCGCAUCGCCGUUCCUGAAAGGUCGCGCUUCGCCUGGUCCGUCCACGCCUUUCUCCGCCUCUCCCAGUGGGUGGUGAUCCCCUCGCUGCUCAUCUGGGCCCUGGGCAAGUUUGCCAUCGACGCCCCCAACUCGGGCUGGGUUGAGCGCACACUCGGCGGCGUCCUCCAGUCUAGGACGUCGUCGUCCUGGUCCGACUACUUCUUCGGCAAGAAUGGCCUGCUCGAGACGGUCACUCUCGGCAUCUGGGACAACAUCCUCCGCUACUCGGGCCCCGUCUUCCAGCUGCUUGAAGGCUUCUGCACCUUGCUCGUCAUCCAGGCCGCCGGCCAGAUCACCCGUUGGCUUGUCAACCGUGGACGCAGCGAUACUUGGGUGAUCGUUCUCCUUGUCUUCUCUGCUUCCAUUAUAGCUAGUGCCGUCUACUUUCUCUGGCGAGUUGCCCAAUUCCCGCAAAUCAGCAAUUUCGACGCUACUCUCAUCGGUGUCACCAUGACCACUGCCGUCUUCCUUUGCGCAUACGGUAUAGGGAGCGGCCGCGGCAGCCCUGUCGAGUCAUCGCUGCUCUUUGCCUACGUUGUCCUCUGCGUCUAUCAAAUCUUCACCGACUAUAUGCCGUCCGACCCGGCUGCCAACCCCGAGGAUAUUGGCGUCGCCCAGCCCGAAUUCCCGCCUCUGCCACCCAUCAUCAUGGCCUCAUACUCGACCAUCAUGCACCUUCUCAGCUCCCUCCCGAGCGCCAUGCAUUCAUCGCUCGCCUUCCUCUAUGCUGCCUUUCAGACUAUUACGCCAUCCGUCAUCAUAUCUCUCACGUACCGACUUCUCGUUUUUUAUUGUGCGACCCGCAUCAUUCCCUCGGUGCGCGACCUCGGUGCGCGAGCCCUACUGCGUGAUCCCGAUUUUGACGACACCGAAGCCUCGAGCGUUUUUCUCGGCAUCCUCAGUUGGUUUUCCCCGUCCAUUCUUGUGUCUGUCUACACGAGCUUGUUGCUCCAACACUUCUCCGCCAGCGAAGGGCCUGACGGCUGGACGUUACGAGCCGGCGAUGCCGGCAGCAGCAACUGGCGCUGGAUCAACGUUGGCCUCACCAUGGUCCUGUAUGGUGUCGAGCUCUACCUCGGCGCUGAGCAACAAGAUCACUGGAAAGUGGACUAG